AUAUGGGCAUGAAGAACAUGGCGAGAGGGGGUUGCUGAUUGGAGGAUUUUCUACUUGGAGUUAGAUGAAGAACCAAUGUGUCCGUAGAGAAUUGAAGAGAGGCACAUGGGCUGGUGCAUGCAGGGCACUAGAAUCCAACGAGACAGUCUUUUGGGGCUUAUAAAUUGCGGAGAUCGUUUGCUCAUAGCUCUACAUAUCUCCUCCACAUCUGCAAUCUUCACGUGCUCUCUGUUUGCUAUUAAUUUUCUUUUCUUUUCUUUUCUUUUUCUUUACCUUCUGCAAAUCUUAUCCAACCAUUACUGCUGCUGCUACCUCUUUUUUGUUCCCUUUUGGUGUCUUCUUUUGGGAGGUCGUUAUAUCUAUCAAGGAGGAGUACAGUUUUGUUCGUUGGUUGACAGAGAGAAGUUUAAGGUUUUUUCCAGAGAAAGAGUGGUACUAUUAUCUUAAUUAUUAGCUAGCAUGGAAAACAAGAGGCAGCAGAGUGGUGCUUCUUCUUUGGAUCAUCUUUUUGGUCCCAGAGACUCUUCUUCUUCUCCUUCUUCUUCUUCUUCUUCUUCUUCUUCAUCAAGUGUUUUUGGGUCUAUUUUCUCUCCUCCAUCAAUGGGGCUGGGGAAGGACCCUUCAAGAAUUAUGGGAAAUCAAGCUGGGAAUGGCAAAUCUUGGAAUCCAGAUAAUUCCACUCAAAGCAACAAGGGAGGUAGCACUGGCAUGAUUGGCAAAGAUACCAGUUCUAUCUACCAAAAUGAAACACCAGAACCUUGUUAUUUCAGCUCAUCAAUUUACUAUGGUGGGCAAGAAAAUUAUUCUCCAAGGACCAACAACUCCGAAUCUCACCAAAUUCUCAAGAAAGAUGAUAGAAAUGAUGAUCCCAAUGGCAACAAUUCAAACAGUGCUUCGAGAGGAAAUUGGUGGCAGGGUUCACUCUACUAUUAGCUCUAGCCCCAUGAUAUGGAAAUUCAGCAUCUAUAAGCUAAGGAACGAUGGCUAUGAUCUACCUUCAUAUUGUGUAAAUAAGACGAUAAUAUAUUAAGAGUAUAUCACAGGGGGAGUUGGGGCAUAAUGUGUUGGUGGUUUUAGGAUCUUUUGUCCCAACUAGUCUUCUACACAUGAUCUGUUAUUUUGUUCUUGGAGUUUGAUGCCUUGCUUCUUGUAUACCAAGUUUAUUUUGCUCUUUUGCAUAGGUAACCUAAUCCUCCAUGUAGUUCAACCAUGAUUUCUGAUUGUACCUAUUUACGUUUCCCUC